UGAACGCCUGACGGAUAAGUUGUAAACAAACGCUCUGAAAGUUGAGUUGAGGAAGUCUCUCUGACUUCGCCAUAUACUAGGUAGCUUUUUGAAUUUCCUUCGCACUCGUCCCAAUAUUAAACCGGGUAACGAAUUGAAGUCGUCAUGGCAGCGCAAGAGACAACUGGGUCGAACGUCGAGACCCUCAUGACGACCUUGAAUGGCGUGAGGAGUUUGAGGAGCCAGGUAACGCAUUAUUUCCGAACAGUCGCCGAGGGACCCAAAGAGAAUGAAGACGAUCAGCAGCAACAACAACAGCAACAGCAGCAGCAGAAUCAAGAGAAUAGUAGUAGUAGCAGUAAUAAUAUUUGCGAGAAAUACGCCCUCGUUUUGGAAAAUAUUAAAAAUCAGUUGAGGGAUUUAGAAACACAAGUAGGAGGUCUGACCCCACCAACUACAACUACAAAUUUGGGAAAUACAGGAGUUAUUUCUCUAGAUCCUUCUCCGGAUAAAUUGAGAUUGUACCAUCAACUUCUCGACUGUUAUACAUGGACGGAAAAAGUACAUUGUUAUUCAACGACAAUGAAUCAGCUUCUUCAUGGUAACAGCCUCAAGAGGUCAUCGGUAUCUAUCUCAAAAAGACGUAGACCAACUCAGUACAACCAUAAUGUACCACAGCAGCAGGUGGAUAUGACAAUUCAGGCCAUUAAUCAGAUGUUCCAAGUGAUGACACUUAACGUGUCUAGACCGUUUGGAAAUAAUGCUGUUGUUCAGGUGACACUAGGGCGUGUUCUCAGGGCUGUGGUGACUCUUAAAGGUCUUCUGAUAGAAUGGGUUGUUGUAAGAGCUUACAAUGAACCGCUGCUUGAUGAAGAAGGCAAGGUUGAUUUAUACACACCUUCCCAGUACAAAGUUUUCCAGAAAGUGACUGAUAAUGCCAAUGCAGCAAUGUUAAACUUCUGUUCUCCAGGUUUUACAGAUUUAUCUGUUCGUUCAUUUUUUACAUGGCUACACAGUUACCAGUCCCUCUUCACAGGUGUAUGUAAACGAUGUGACAUGCACUUGCACAACCACAUGCCACCCACUUGGCGUGAAUUUCGUACUUUAGAUCCCUUUCAUGAAGAGUGCAAACCUUGAAAGCUUUGUAUACUAGUCAGUUCCUAAUAAAUUUAUACAGAUUAGAUUAAGGAUACACCUGAGGCAAGUGAGCAGGAAUUGAAAGUUACUUAUUAUCCAGCCUUUUAGAAGAAAAAGUCACAGGUGAAGGUUGUUAACAUUGUUAUUUAUUUUUAUUUUUCCUUAGUCUUUGGAAGAUGGGUGAGGUGUGACAUAAUUUUCCUAAAGAAAAGUAUGUAGUUAAUGCUGUUGGUCAGGUAAUCGAUGAUGGUCAAGGAAAAUUUCUUCAAGGAUUUCCUUCGAUUUGAGUAACAGAAAUAAAUACUCAUCCUGCAACCCUCUGCAGCAAGCAAAAAGGGAGCCUGGAAAUGCUAUUGAUAUGAGCAAAGUACUUGAGGGGAUUAUGAAUCCCUCAUUAGUAUAAGGGCCUGAGGAAAGGAACUCUAUGGAUAAUUGGUUAUUGUAGUUUGUUUGAUGUUUUAGAAACUUGGUUUGUUUCAUCACAACCCCAUCAAUCAUAGUUUCCAAUCUAGGUGGGAGACUGGGAAGGUUGAUAAGGAACAAUGUAUCGUCUUUAUUUACACAGUCAAUUAAAAGUGGAAUAGGAUCAGAGUGUAUUUCGUAAAUGAUAAUUAUGUGCUUCAAAUAAAUGCAAUCAAAUUC